AUGUCUGUAGCUCAACUACCCACCGAUGACUCUGGCCCAGAGCCAAAAAGACCCAAAAUGUAUCCUCAUUCGGUCUUGAGUUUCUCCAAGGAAGACAGAAUUGGAACCAUUCAACCCCAUGACGAUGCGUUGGUAAUCACUCUUCAGAUUGGGGGUUACAACGUGAAAAAGGUAAUGUUAGGUGAUGGUAGUGGAGCCGAGAUUAUGUACCCCGAUCUCUAUAAGGGGCUGAAGUUGAGACCGGAAGAUUUGAAGCCCUACAGCUCCCCCUUGAUGAGUUUUGAUGGGAAGAUUGUCAUGCCAAAAGGCCAGAUUAGACUACUUGUGCAAACUGGCCCGGAGAUAAUGGAGGUUGACUUCAUUGUGGUGGAUACUUACUCCCCUUACACUGCCAUCGUGGCCAGACCUUGGCUUCAUACCCUGGGAGUCGUUGCCUCCACCUUGUAUCAGAAGGUGAAGUUCCCUUCCGAGGGCCGGGUCCUAAAAAUUCAAGGUUGCCAGGCUACUGCAAGGGAGUGCCUGGUGGCUGCCAUCUCACAUCGGCCUAGAGCAGAUUCCUCAGCCUGUGUUGAAGAAAGCUCAUAG